CCCGCAGCCAUUCCUCCGGCAGCUCUCGCCCUAGCCGAGAAGGUUCCGCGGCGGGGCUGAGGGGCCGUCCUGCGCUCUGUCUCCGCGGGAUGGGCCUGCUCGCCCGCCGCCCCGCGCCGCCGCCGCCCUGAGGAGCUGAGGGCGUCUGUGACAACAGUCUUUUUUGGAACUUUUUCAAGACUCUCUGAAGGAGCCAGUAGGAUUUUUUUACAUCAUGACGUAAUCUGAAAACAAGAACAAGAAAUACGUUUUAUUUUAAGUAUAAUGAAGGGCUGUGUAUGAACACUGACCCUGACUCAAUUCUGAUGAACAUUUUAGACAUGAGUUUACAUCGGCAAAUGGGUUCAGAUAGAGAUCUUCAGUCUUCUGCUUCAUCUGUGAGCUUGCCUUCUGUCAAAAAGGCACCCAAAAAGAGAAGGAUUUCAAUAGGCUCUCUCUUUCGGAGGAAAAGGGACAGCAAACGUAAAUCAAGGGAGCUCAAUGGUGGGGUGGAUGGAAUUGCAAGUAUUGAAAGUAUACAUUCUGAAAUGUGUACUGAUAAGAACUCCAUUUUCUCUACAAAUACCUCUUCUGACAAUGGAUUGACUUCUAUCAGCAAACAAAUUGGAGACUUUAUAGAAUGUCCUUUGUGCCUUUUGAGGCAUUCUAAAGACAGAUUUCCUGAUAUAAUGACAUGUCACCAUAGAUCCUGUGUGGAUUGCUUACGACAAUACCUAAGGAUAGAAAUCUCUGAAAGUAGAGUUAAUAUCAGUUGUCCAGAAUGUACUGAACGAUUUAAUCCCCAUGACAUUCGCUUGAUACUAAGUGAUGAUGUCUUAAUGGAAAAAUAUGAAGAAUUUAUGCUUCGUCGGUGGCUUGUUGCAGAUCCUGACUGUAGGUGGUGUCCAGCUCCAGACUGUGGAUAUGCUGUGAUAGCAUUUGGGUGUGCCAGCUGUCCUAAAUUAACUUGUGGGCGAGAAGGCUGUGGAACGGAGUUUUGCUACCACUGUAAACAGAUCUGGCAUCCAAACCAGACCUGUGAUGCUGCUCGACAGGAGAGAGCUCAGAGCUUACGCUUAAGAACUAUACGUUCUUCGUCCAUUAGUUACAGCCAGGAGUCUGGAGCAGCAGCUGAUGAUAUAAAGCCAUGUCCACGGUGCACUGCUUAUAUAAUAAAGAUGAAUGAUGGGAGCUGCAAUCACAUGACAUGUGCUGUCUGUGGCUGUGAGUUUUGUUGGUUGUGUAUGAAAGAAAUCUCCGAUUUACAUUAUCUAAGUCCAUCAGGUUGUACUUUUUGGGGGAAGAAACCCUGGAGCCGAAAGAAGAAAAUCCUGUGGCAGCUGGGAACCCUUGUUGGUGCUCCUGUAGGGAUUGCUCUAAUAGCUGGCAUUGCCAUUCCUGCCAUGAUCAUUGGCAUUCCUGUGUAUGUGGGUCGCAAGAUUCAUAAUCGCUAUGAAGGCAAAGAUAUUUCAAAACACAAGCGGAAUCUGGCCAUAGCAGGUGGUGUAACACUGUCUGUAAUCGUGUCUCCAGUGGUAGCUGCAGUGACUGUAGGCAUUGGUGUUCCUAUUAUGUUAGCUUAUGUUUAUGGUGUUGUCCCAAUUUCCCUCUGCCGAAGUGGGGGUUGUGGAGUUUCAGCAGGCAAUGGGAAAGGAGUCAGGAUUGAGUUUGAUGAUGAAAAUGACAUAAAUGUUGGUGGAACUAACACAGCUAUAGAUCCAACAUCAGUAGCAGAAGCAAGGCACAACCCUAGCAUAGGAGAGGGAAGUGUUGGUGGUCUGACUGGCAGUCUGAGUGCAAGUGGAAGCCACAUGGACCGAAUAGGCACCAUUAGAGACAACUUGAGUGAAACAGCUAGCACCAUGGCGCUAGCUGGAGCUAGUAUAACAGGAAGCCUGUCUGGAAGUGUCAUGGUAAAUUGUUUCAACAGGUUGGAAGUACAAGCAGACGUGCAGAAGGAACGGUACAGUCUCAGUGGAGAAUCUGGCACAGUGAGCUUAGGAACAGUUAGUGAUAAUGCCAGCACCAAAGCGAUGGCAGGAUCCAUUCUGAAUUCCUACAUCCCUCUGGACAGAGAAGGGAAUAGUAUGGAAGUGCAAGUAGAUAUUGAAUCAAAGCCAUUCAAGUUCCGGCACAACAGUGGAAGCAGUAGUGUGGAGGACGGCAGUGCUGCCAGAAGCCACACUGGUGGUUCCUCCAGUGGCUUGCCCGAAGGUAAAUCCAGUGCCACCAAGUGGUCCAAAGAAGCAACAGCAGGAAAAAAGUCAAAAAGUGGUAAAUUGAGGAAAAAGGGUAACAUGAAGAUAAAUGAAACCAGAGAGGACAUGGAUGCACAGUUGUUAGAACAGCAAAGCACGAACUCAAGUGAAUUUGAGGCGCCAUCCCUCAGCGACAGUAUGCCAUCUGUAGCAGAUUCCCACUCUAGUCAUUUUUCUGAAUUUAGCUGUUCAGACUUAGAAAGCAUGAGAACACCCUGUAGUCAUGGUUCCACUGAUUGUCACACACGCUUUGCGACUGUGAAUACCCUUCCAGAGGUGGAAAAUGACCGUCUGGAGAAUUCACCACAUCAGUGUAGCAGUUCUGCUUUCCAAAACUGCUUCCUGUUCAGAAGUUCCACAGCCAGUUCAUGUUGCAGAAGAGCAUGGCACCAGCAAAAGUGAGAUGAAGCCUAAUGUUGAUUUGUGUUUUGGUGAUGCACUGAAAGAAACAAAUAAUAACCACUCAUAUCAGACAGUGGACUUGAAAGUUGCUGUUCAGACUGAAAUUUAGGCUCAUGAGUGCUGCAGAGGAAUGACCACUGAACAACCCUGUUUGGAGCUGGUUGAACCAGCAACUGUUAAGGUUAAGUUACCAGCAAAAACCAGGUUUCAUAAUCAUAAUGCAAAUACAUUUGUAUGUUUAGCAAGGCAUUGUGUUUCAUGUGGAUGUUAAUUACUAAAUUAUGAAAUGAAGGCUUUAAAUGUGCAUUAUUAUGAGAAUCAUAACUUAAGAAAAAGGCAUGUUUUGUGUUCUUGUCACAAAACAUUGCUUGAUGCAUAUACCUGUGUAUUUAGAUAGGGAUGUGGUUUAAUUUAUAAUCAUAUACUAACUGUUCUCUGUUCUACAGCAGUUGUAAGAAAAAUUGAGGCAUAGGGAUAAGUGGUUAGUGACAUUAUAUUGAAACCACUAAGGGGUGGUGUUGAAAAGAACUUGUCAGAUUGCUCAGUUUAUGAUCCUCUUUGUAACGUUGCUCUUCAUAACUGAGCUUAAAUUUCAUUUCUUUCUUCAUAUGCAAUGUGGAUACAAAGCUUAAUGCAGCCCAUUGGUAACCAUUUGGAUACUUAGACACUUGAGCAAGAUUUUGGCAGUUUUUGCACAACUUUGAAGUAGAAACACCUGGUACUGUUACAUAUCUCAUGUAUUGUUGAUGCCAUUUUAGAAGAAAAAGGUAAAAGUAGGUAACUUAAGUAUACUGACAACAAGAAAUGAGACAUAAAACUACAGAGUAAAAUCCAUUAGGAUGUAAGUAUUAUAAAAGUCACCUGUAACUAAGGCAAGUUAGUACCCGUUGAUUCUUGAUGCCUUUGGUAGAGACUGGGUUUCACAAGCCUAGUCAUUUGAGGGUUUUGCUCCAUCACAUCCCAAAAUAUCUUCUCUUCUCCUUGGAGUAUAUAGAAAAAUACAGGAAAUAGAUAAACAUGAAUGUGGUUAUUAACUAUGCUGAAAAAGUAUUCACCUACCAAAGACACACUCAGGCUUUAGUAAAUUUAACAUUACAUAACCUCAAUGUUUAACAUGUGUAUCUUUUGAACCAUGAAAUCAAAGCAAUGUAGAGCUUCUACCAAGCUUAUACAAAGGUCUGUGUAUGGCUUUGUUUCAUUUUCCUUUUGUUUAUGAAGGAUAUUUAGCUGACACAAGCAAAAGUUGGCCAAAAUACUGCCUGUACUGUUAACUUCCCACAUAACUCUCCUAGCAGACUAACCUCGUAGCAGUCACGUACUUCACCUUAGGUUUUCUUUAAUUAUUACCAUUAUGGUGCUACUGAGCAUUUUCUUUUGAUAAAAGAAAAAAGGAAAAUGUCCCAGGCUGCAGUCUUCUACCAUCAUUUUCCUCACUGCGUCCAUUAAUUUGCAUAUAUAACACUAGUGCCAGUUAUUUUAUUUGAUAAUGCUUAUUAUGGUAUUUGUACAUUUGUUUGCAUUCCAGUUUUGUUCAAUAAUGAGUGUGUAAAGAGCAUACAUGAAAUAAAUGUAAAUACUAAUGUA